AUGCUGCCCUGGUUGACUGCAGCGUUUUCAUUCUUUCUGGCAUGCUCGGUAAAUGGCCUGGACGCGGUUUUAAACGACACGUGUGCUGGUCAGGCUGAUAUAAAUCAAGUUGCGUGUAUGAUCCAGAAACUUGACAUAAAACUCGGCUCACAGAGCUCAAAGCUAGAUAAAGUCAUUCAACUUUUACAGGGUAAGCUGGGUAAGCUCUCCUCCCAGUAUGGCCAAAAUGAAAAACGGUUAUUGCUAUAUUUACGCCCAUCUAAAGAUGUGUUUCAAGUGCACUGUUGGUUAGAAAGAACUGCGCAUGCGGACCCAGCCCCAGAGUGGGUCAAUUUAUUCCUGCGGACCUAAAGCCUUAUUCAGUUUCUUCUUACCCUCGGCUAAUAGAGCUGGUAGAGGUUUCUUCCGGGAUGGUGUUUAGCAUGUACGGAGUCGUUCGCGGCGCUGACCUCUCGAAGUUUGGCUUUUGUACGUCUCUCGGGGACGGAAAUAUGCCAACGACUCCUUACAUGCUAAACAACAUGCCGAAAUGCAACCUCUGCUGACAACUUAGCCUCUUCUGAAGCCAUUUGAGCACAAUUUGAACCAAAAUACCCCUAUUAAAUGUCUGUUCCAACUCAAUAUGGGAUCCAUUUAAGCCCGACUGUCAGAAUAAACCCUAGAAAAUUGGACUAUAUUGGCCUUAGCAAAGAAGCCGACUUAGAGUGUAUUUUCCUUUCCAAAACCGCUCCAAAUUCGGUACUCCAACAAAACUUUUGAAUUUUUAGUGUGUUAGAUGUUCCUUUCUUUUCUAAUUUGUCCGGGAUAGUGAGCAAAACCGACUGAACCUCAAGUUCUAAGAGUAGAAAAUAACCAAAUUUUCCCUUCAGGCCUAGCUGAUGCUCUCGAAAUGAUAACUUGAAGGUGUAAAGGUGGGCGUAUAAUCUGUGGAAUAUGAUCUUUCGGGUUAGAGGACCAGGUAGAACUAUUUACAUAUUUUUUUUGUUAAUAACAAUGUAUUUUUAACAGUCCAGUUCGCUCAGGCUCUACCACAAGCCCUUCAGUGCGCCCGCGUUCCUUCGCGCACUCGAAAACGAAAUUAAAAACGGUUUAGACGCUUGACCGCGUGGGAUACUCCCUCACACGGCUUAAAAUCGACCCCAGUUCGCUGGCGGGCUAAAGGCGUCGGAUAAACAGCUUAGACUAUAUAUGGUAAAGUAUGUAGAGACUCGCGAUGGCUGUCAGCUUAAUUCGCCAUCGGUAUUUACCACAGGCUCAGCAACUUAUAUUUAUCAUUAAAUCUUGCACAAUUUUGUUUUGCUUCAGCAAGAUAAAAAAAAGUUGGUUUCAAAUCCUACGACAUUUGAUAAAUUCGUGACUCAAUAAAGCUUUGCAGAUGACUAUAACUUCAACGUACGCCACUGGAGCGAUGCUUUUAUCUUGAUAAAAGUAAGAUGAGACAAUUGUGGUGGCUUUCUUCAGAGACUAGUAGCCUAAUAAGGUACCAAGGGAACAAUUUCAAAUAUCAGUCUUUGAUUAUGAUAAUUAACGUUCCCAUUACAACUACUUUUUCAAAAGUGUCAUGUGACGUGACGUUCCCUCACGUUACAACUUUUUACAUUUAGAAUGACCAUAUUCUAAUAUUAACCUAGGCCCCAAAAUUUGGCGAUCGUUUUUGCGAAUAUCUUCUAGAUGUUGAAAGAAACGACGAAGACGCAUCCAUACCAGUUUUAAGCUCGAUAAUUAUUCCAACCAAACAUGACAGUCUGCGGUCUCUCUCUUCACCAAGGCAACACGAAAGGCAGCCUGCGAACAGGCUUCCAAGUGGAGAGGGGUGAAAAUAAAAAAAAAUUCGCCGAGCGAAACGACACGAGCGUGGCCUGAGAAAAAAAAGCGGGGAACCUGUAGACUUAGCUUUGAUGUCGCCCAUUCGCCCACUUACAAUUAUCCCCCUCGCAGGGUAGGGGGGGGGGCGGGGGGGGAGGUGUCUCUAAGGAAAUAUGUGGUACAGUCCGCCUGCCGGUCUCGCGUCAGUGACUUUUCAAAAUGGCGAGCACAGUGUUCAUCUAAUUGACGGAUAAAAAUUUCGAUUUUAUCACGGAAAUACUGUUCCGAUUUCUUGGAAUUGGCAAUUUUAAGGUCCCUAUUGCCAUGGAAAACUAGACUUAAGUACUUUUUUGGAAUGAAAUGUCCAGCGGUGUAAUGAAUUUUAAAGAUUCCUUUCUAUCGUCGAGCAAAGUUUACGGGCAAUCAUACCGACCGGUCACUUUUUUGAGGGCCAGUGCACAGCAAGAUUUAGGAAUUUAGACACAGCAAUAGGAGGUACAUCAAAGGAUGUAUUAUACUCUCAGUUGCGGGUAUUUUCAACUCUUCAGAGCUGGUGGAACCCCACAUCAGUCUUCAAAGUUCGCUUAGCUGUAGCGUUGAAAGAGGAAGCUAAUUGACAGGUAUUUGUGAGAGACUGUGAGCAGUGAAUCUUGUUGCUUUGCCGUAUUUUAAUACUGUACUGGCGGUGAUACACCUGUAAUUCUUUAAUUAAAUCCCCAAAACGAAAUAAAAGGUUUUAAUUAUUUGGGGGGGGGGGGGGGGGGGGAAUGUGUGGGGUGACGGGCAGUGUGUUUUUUUGUUUGUUGCUUUUUUAGUAUUAGUGCGGGGGUGGCAAACAUUUUUUUUUUUUAAUAAAUCCCCAAAAAAAAAAAAAAGGUGUUUUGUUGUUGGGGGGGGGGGGGGGGGGGUCAAACCCAGUGGAGAUUUUAGGGUAAUAAUAUUGAUGAUUAAGACGAUGUACAAAAGGGAAGUUUAAAUUUUUUCAGUGGGUCACUGGUGGGUGUUGGGUGCAAAUUAGUACAGUUUGUGGUGUACUGUGUGUUGUUUGUCAUGAUGUCAACUAACAUUGAAAAAAAUUCAGCUCUUUCAGAGGAAUGACAUGUCUUGACAACUUACGGUUUUUUUCUGGUCGUAAGCUUGGCCAGUAUGCAGAUCAAGAGCUUUUAAAAUCGCUUUCCCAAAAUAAAACUCCGGACUUAAGCUUAAAAUAUAUAUUCAGAUCCAAGUGCAUGACCAGCAGGGUCAGCAGUAAGAAUAAAGGAAAAAAGCCAAAAGGAAAAAUAGUGUUAAAAAACAAAGACUAAACAACAACAAAAGAAACGGUACAAGGAAAAAGAAAACAGCGUCGCCCGGGGAGUCGAACCCGGUUUAUCUGCACGUGCAAGCAACUUCUUGACCACUGCACCACAGUGACUAGUCUGUUACACAGCCGUUUUUCUUCUUCUUAGAGUUUCCUCGACCUCGCUCGUCCUAAUAACUGUCGUAUCCUUUGCUAAUUUGCACAAGCGACCCGAGGCUCUUGCCCGUUACCAUGUGACGUCAUACUGGCAGGCGGAAUGGGUCAAGAAAUCAAGAAACUUAGGUGGAAAACAAUAGAGUUACCCCCCCCACCCCCCUGUGUUACAGAUAUGUUAAUAACAUGCAAUAAGGUAAUUAGACCUGUCAAAUUAUGAUAUUUUUACUCUUGAAUGCAUGGGCUUCAAUAACAUUCGUGGCUAUUUUGUCAAUAUUCACAGCAACAGUCAGCGAUCUGACCAAUCAGAUCAUGAUGCCAUAAUCUGAUAUCAUGGAUGGACGGCAUUAAAACAAAGUGUGCAGGCUCCCCCGCCAUUUUGUUCUCUCCCAGGCCACGCUCGGCUUGCUUCGCUCGCUCAUUCAGUCUUUUCCGCCCCGCUCCUCAUGGAAGCCUGUCUGCAGGCUUCACGAAAAGCCUCAAAAAUCCAUAGCAUAUCAUAGCGUAAAACAGCACGGGACGGGGAAAAACAUGACACAUUACUCAGGCAACAUUUUCUUUGAACCUUUAUUGAACAUUUGCGCUAAAAUCUGCAUUUUGGAGCAAAUUAUAGCCAUCGUAUCGUUCAUCUGUAUUCAGUCUUCCAUGAAGAACGAAAGAUCUAUGCUCAUAUUUCAAACGGCCCCACCAACAUCCAGAGGAUGGUCUGCCUGUACUGACGUCAAAGACGUUAAAUGUUGCCUUCCAUUCUAACUUCCACCCCUCCCUCCUUAUGUACAUACCAAUACUUAAUACUUACUCACUUUCUUACAUACAUACUUACUUAUUACUUACUUAUUUACGUACUAUCGAUACCUACUUACUUACUUACGUACUUUUAAAUACUCAUUCAGGUGGCGGACAAUCGAGUUGCAAGGAAAUUUUUGAGAAGGGAUCGUGAGUACAUCAUAAAUAAUUAGCAACAUUUCUUGUCACAUUUUUGGUUUCGUCAUGAAACAACCAACCUUUUUAGGUUUUCAUAGUAUCUUUCUUUAGGUUCAACGGCUUUCUUCGCAUUUAAUAUAUUAACCAGGCGCUCAGAUUAGCUGUAACUCCAGUGCAAAUUAACUACGGCACGCGAAUGGCGCAUGCACGUGCAGCACAUGCAUGUGGGUUAAUGUUGUCUAAGUGGAUAAAGGGACUCCAAUGGUUUUUAUUAAAACAAUUAAUAAGGGCUGCAGAGUUGCUAGUAAAUGCGGUGCUCUGCCUAUUCAAUUGUAUUUAUAAUCCAGAAAGCCCUUCGUAAUUUUUCGACUUUGAGGGCGGCGUUCUUUCAAGUAACUACGGUUGUCUUAAGAGGGACUUACUACAUUAUUUUGUUGUCCAUCUGCUUAUAACAUUUGAAGGCUUUAUUACAUUUGAGGUGGCUUCAACGGCCUAAUUAUAACUAUCCGUUUUACUGCUUUCCGAGCGGGUACAUAUAAUUUUUAAUUGAGGCCACACUAUGCCCGAUUCGGCUGGUGUUACAUUAACUUGGCUUGGCUGUUGUAGAUUGCUCCAUAAAAAUUUUUCUGUCCAACGAGUGAUCAAAAGAUUUUUAUAUUCUAUUGUUAUAUUUAUUCCUGUUUUCUUUUUUCUCACUAUUAAAACUCAAUCGUUUAUUGCAUCUGAUAGACAGUCAUUUAAUUAAAACAUUCAAAGAAAAUAAAUCUUGCUUUAUUGCAGUGCCUCAAACAAAUAUCAUUUAAGUCAAUAUCUAUUUACUAGGAUGCGUGAAAACAAAGCCUACUUACUGAAUGUGGAGUCUGAAAAAAUUCCUGUGUACUGUCAUAUGGAACGUACAACUCAGCUUGAAGCAUGCGGAGGAGGCGGAUGGACGCUGGUCAUGAAGAUCGAUGGCAAAAAGGUAGCAGCAGCAAAAAAACAACUUUAUUUAUUAUUCAUUAAAAAUAUAUUGCACAUGGUCAUGAUUGGCUUCAGUCCAUCGACUAAUUCUUCAUAACCAACCGGCGUUUACCAUAUUUGGAAGAUGUAGGAAAUAUACAUGAUCGAUUCGAUGGUAAAUUGCCUAAUAAUUAAACCCAUCAAUCAACCUCGUUUCCAGCGUCGCGGCAGCCUAGUUGCUUACGCCUGAGUGAAAACGAGGCGCUCAGGGCUAUCCAAAGACAAAAUAGCCGAAUUUCUGAAUAAUACUCAGCCUCAUUCAAAAAUUGUUAAUUUUUAUGCAGUUCUGUCACCAUCUUGGCCUGCGAAAACAUCCGUUUCUCCUCGCUAUUCGCCGCUGGGGACGUUUCGCGCGGAGGAACGUUUGCGACUUAGAGCGCGACAGAAAUUCCAUACUAAUGACGUAAAAUCUGUCCGGACAGAAGCGCUGAUUGGUAGACGGAGUAGUUACAUUGUUUUAGCUAUUGUUUGCAUGCGAAUGACAGACAAGAGACAAAAGGCCACAAAGGUCAACUGUAACACAAAGAAUCUCUAACAAAACAGUCAAUAUUUGUGGAAUAUAGUCUUCUCUAGAAGAAGCAUUUGAGUUUCGCUGGAGCUCGUUGGCAGAUGAACACAACACCUUACCAAAAUCGACCAGAAGACACGUAAUAUUGGACAAAUUUAUAUUUGGAACCCCGUAACUACCGGAUUUGUUAUGUAAACAUUGAUUUGCGUCACCAGUAUGGGAUUUCUGUCACUGAGUCGCAGAAAUUCCUCCGCGCGAAACGUUCCCAACGGCGAAGAGCGAGGAGAAACAUAUGUUUUCGCAGGCUAUCACCAUCUCAAUAGUCCCUUUGCAGCAAGUCACUCAAUUACGUGAUUCGCUUUGUCUCGACCGCUCGUAUAGCCAGUCAUAUAAUAAAGCCUCCUUUUAGCUUCACUAGUAGAACCAUGAUGGCGGUCAUUGACUAUCAUCACGACGAAAUGUUCAGAGGAAUCCCUUGCCAUAUAACGUCGUUAAUACCGUUGCGUUGGUAUUUGUUACAUUAUUUAAGGUCUUCUUAGCCUAAAUAUUCUGAAAACUGUAUGUUGAGGGGGAAGGAGGUUGGAUGUGGUUGUUCCCAGAGCCCAGACGACCAAAUUGAAUAGUCUUGAACUUUUGGAGCACAAUGUAACCACUGUGAUGUCAAAUGAAAACGGUUUGUUAAUUGACGAUAUAUGACUAUCAUUUUCUUCUUUAUCUGCUUAGAGAACCUUUCACUACGAUGCGAACUUGUGGACCAACAAGAAGGAUCAUAAUCCCUCUGCAGGAAAGAUCCUGUUUGAUCAUCAAGAGACAAAAUUACCCACUUACUGGAGCACACCAUUCUCUAAAAUCUGCCUCGCUAUGAAGAUCGGCCACCAAGUUAAUUCGAUCAUGAUAAAAAAACAAGCCGACUCCUUGUAUUCCCUGAUCGCUGACGGAAACCAUCGUUCGACGUCACUUGGUCGUCACACCUGGAAGAAGCUGAUUGGCCAACAGGCAUCGCUACAGAGAAAUUGUAACCAGGAAGGUUUCAAUUGUAAAUCCUAUAGCAAAGCAAGAAUCGGUAUCAUAAGUAACGGAGAAAAGAACUGUGAUACCUGUGACUCCAGAAUUGGGUUUGGUGCUGGGGGAUAUCCUGAUGGUGAUGACAACACCUGUGGAAACUGGGCACGGCAUGGUGGGGACAAUGGCGAUAGGGACAUAAAAGCCAUGGGUUACAUCUUGGUGCAAUGAGUAUCCGAACAAUCUGCUUCCAGUUCACGACGCACAAUGAUUAAUGGGACUUACAACGCUUAUAGAAACUGUAGACUUAUCAGUACGCAAUUAGUUUAGGUCAGGACCAUUUGUAGAAAUUCAGUUGAAUAGACGCAUUGCUUCAAACAAAC